UAAUGGAAUAAUAAUUAUAAAUAGAUGAGGAAUCAAUUCCAUCAAAUCGUAUGCUUUGCAAAGCUUCCUAUAAAACGGGAAUGCCAACGUAGAUUUUGCCGUACCAUUCAACCAGCUGAUAGCGAAAACGUGGACGCUAAGCGAUUGAUACAAAGUAUGGAGGCAAAAUCUACGUUAGAAAAUAAAGAAACAAAUAAUUAUCAAAGAAGUGCGCUAGAUCGCGUGAUUAAAGAACAGAGCGCUGAGAUUGUUGCGGGAGGGAGUGUUUUCUACAACCCAGUACAGGAAUUCAACCGAGAUCUAAGUGUUUCAGUGCUUAAUGUGUUUGCACGACGAUUGCUAAAAGAGCGCAAUACAGCUGCUAAGAAAAAUGUAACGGAAGGAAAUAUAGAAACAAACAAUAUUGAUGUAAAUGUCGAAGAUAAUAUACUCACAGCAGGACAGAAAUACGAGAAUGGCUUACGUAUAUUAGAAGCUCUUUCUGCGACAGGUUUGCGUAGCAUACGAUACGCAAAAGAAAUCGCCGGAGUACGUGAAAUCAUUGCGAAUGAUCUUUCAAAAGUCGCUGUAGAAUCAAUUGGUGAAAAUGUGAAGCACAACAAAGUAGAAAAUUUAAUUGUGCCAAGCCAAUCGGAUGCGUUGACGCUUAUGUACCUUUCCACUGGUAAUGAUAAACACUUUGAUGUAAUUGAUCUGGAUCCGUACGGUUGCCCAAACCGCUUCUUAGAUGCAGCAGUGCAAUCUAUCGCUAAUGGAGGCUUAUUGCUUGUAACAGCGACUGACAUGGCAGUACUAGCAGGAAAUACACCGGAGGCUUGUUACGCUAAAUACGGGUGUGUUCCAUUGCGUAUGAAAUGUUGCCAUGAAAUGGCGCUACGGAUACUGCUGCAUUCCAUUGAAACGCAUGCGAAUCGAUAUGGAAAAUAUAUUGAACCACUUUUGAGUAUUUCUGCAGAUUUUUAUAUACGGGUUUUCGUAAGAGUUCAUGUGAGUCAAGCAAAAUGCAAAUACAGUAUGAGCAAGCAGUCAAUGGUAUUUCAAUGCACUGGAUGUGAAACGUUUACUUUGCAACCGUUAGGAAAUGUUAAGGUCAAUACCACAGACAAAGGUAAAUCGCAGACAAAGUUCGGUAUUCCGACUGGACCAAACGUUGGUAUGAACUGUGAACACUGUGGGCACAAACAUCAUAUGGGUGGUCCAAUAUGGUCACAUCCUAUUCAUGAUCAGGAGUUCGUUAAGGAAUUAAUACAAGCAGUAAAUGAUAAACCACUUUGUGAAUUGGGAACACAACGUCGUUUACAAGGAGUGCUAGCUGUGGUGCAAGAAGAAUUAUUCGACGUGCCACUGUAUUAUGUGUUAGAUAAACUUUGUUGCGUUCUUAAAUUGGAGAAUAUACCAGUGCUCAAAUUCCGUUCGGCACUUCUUCAUGCAGGUUAUCGUGUUUCUUUCUCACACGCAAGUAAAAAUUCUAUAAAAACAGAUGCACCUGCGACGGUUCUAUGGGAUAUAUUACGUUGCUGGGCCAAACGUCAUCCUGUAAAAGCGGAACGUAUGGUAGAAGGUACAGCUUUAAAAGCCAUAUUGGAGCGGCCGACUGAAACUGAUUAUAUUUUUGAUGAUAUGCAUCCAGAAGCGAAUCCGUACAGUCGGCGCAAUGCAUUAACUCGAUUCCAGACAAAUCCGACUGCACAUUGGGGCCCUGGCACACGAGCGACAAUAAUGAUUGGCCACGAUAAAGUUGCAAAAAGUCAUAGAAAUCAGAACAAGAAACAAAAGCAAAAACCUACGGAAAAAAGUGAUGAUGAAGAAAGUAAAUGUAAGCAACCAAAAUUGGAAACAUGAGACUACGUAAUAAAUUAAAUAUAUUUGAUUUUCAA